AUUCGCACCGCGAAUUGCAAUGUGGAUGUACGACAGUGUGGAUCACAAGAUUUUUUUCGGUAUUUACGUAGGCGCUUACAAGAGCCUGUAAAGUGCUGCUCUCAUCGUAAUCAGAUUACAAGAGAACAAUAUUAUCCGUCGCAAUAUUAUGGGAAGUGCCGGUGAAUUAAGUGGUUUAAUCAGUAGAUUACCUGAACAUAAAAAUGAAAUAAAAGAAGAUUACGGUCCAAAUUUGAAGAUACUGCCGAACAAUGAUCAAGUGAAGGAAUUGCAGACAAUACUGCGAGACAGAAAUACCUCCAGAAGUGAUUUCAAAUUUUAUGCAGAUCGCUUAAUCCGGCUCGUAAUUGAAGAAAGCCUGAAUCAGUUACCAUUCACGAAAUGUGUUGUCACGACACCGACAGGGGCCAAGUACGAAGGACUAAAGUAUCAGAAAGGAAACUGUGGAGUUAGUAUAGUAAGGAGCGGAGAAGCUAUGGAACAGGGGCUUCGCGAUUGUUGCCGUUCAAUUCGAAUUGGGAAGAUACUGGUAGAAUCGGAUGCAGAAACUCACGAAGCUCGUGUGGUGUAUGCGCGCUUUCCAGAGGACAUCGCAGAUAGAAAAGUUCUUGUGAUGUAUCCUAUCAUGAGUACAGGGAACACGGUGAUUAAAGCAGUUGCUGUCCUCAGGGAACACCAUGUACCAGAGGAAAAUAUAAUUCUCUCAAAUCUAUUCUGCACGCCAUUUGCAGCGAAACUAGUGACUGCAGCAUACCCACAGAUGAAGAUAUUAACAUCAGAAAUACAUGCUGUGGCUCCAAACCAUUUUGGUCAAAAAUACUUUGGCACUGAUUGAAAAAUCACAGAUAUCCUCAAAUUAGAAGUGCUGUAAUGAAAGCGAAAAUUCGGCGAUACAUGUCAUCUUAAACAUUGUCUUCUGGGAGAAUACUGCGAAGUAUUCUUGAAUGAAUUUUUCAAAUAGUAUUGUGUUCUUUAACGAUACAAUUUAUUCGAGAAAGUGAUUUUCCUGUAAAUUUAGUAAGGUUGAUUACUGGUGAGUCAGUUGUUUUAGUUUCCUAUGAAAAUAGCACAACAUAUUUUUACAGUGUGUAAGUUUCCAAAGAAUAAUGAAUCGUUUUUUAUUUAGUAUUUCCAUAGAGUGUUAAUUUUCUGUUUUUAGACCUGUCUCUCCAAAUUAAUGGUACUUAUUAGAUGUGUGUGCCCUGCACCACAUUUUUCCAGUAUUGAUUGUAUACUUACAUAACACAGUAAUUAACUAUUAUGUUAAACAUAUUUUUAAUGUCAAAACAUGAGCUUAAAUCUGUUCUUAGUUAGUACACAUGCUUAUUAGCAGUAGAAGAAGCUACCAAGAUACAGUGAAAAGCAAACCUAAGGUUCUAUGUUUUUAUAUUUGUUGCUUUUUUCAUUACCAGUCUCCAUUCAAAAUUGAGCUGAAAUCACACCAGUGGAGACAUGAGAUGAAUAGUUUCAUCAAAACUUGAAACAAGAAAAUCAAGUAUUGAAUGAAACUAUAAGUUUUCAACACAACGGCUGCAGCAUGCAUUAGUUGACACAACGGCUGCAGCAUGCAUAGUUGUGAAUGUUUCACCACCAGGCCACAGUGUCAUGCGUGUGGCUUUGCUUUUGCUGCCGGCAGCCUUGUGGCAGUCAGCAAGUUAAGCAAGUGUUUCAAUUUUUUUGUCAUCAUUGUUUUCUCAAGAGAAAGAUGUUACAUGUGUACUAGUACAUUAUCACUACUAUUUAGAAUAGACACGUACGUUAAUUUAUAACUGCAUUUUUAGAUUUUAUCAGCUGAUGUUUAUACUUAUUAUUGUGAAUGUAAUAUGGGUAUUCCUUUUGGCUAGUUGUCCAAGUCUUUAAUAAUCUUUAUUGAUGUACAUUGUGGCUUUUUAUGUGUCAUGUUAAGUGUCAGGCUAUCAAUCCAAAGGUUUGGUGUUUAAUGUCUGUCUGGUUCAGGAAUUCCAAAUGGUACUUAAUAUGUUCACCUGUGAUGAUACUCUGUGUGAUGAAAGAGUAAAUAUUGUGCUGCUAAAUGAGCAUGUUCCUAAUUCAGAGCAAGGCUAGGGCUUGCUCCCAAUAACAUGCAUAUAAUGCCAAGUGAUUUUUUUCCAGUUGCCCUUUAGUAUGUUACUAAUUUAUAUCACUUCUGUAUUUAUCGAAUUUCGUAUAUUACAAUUCUGCUUAAAACUAGGUGGCUGAUGAGAUCAGAAGGGCUAUAUGUCCCUUAUACCGGUGAACCAGUUUAAAUAUAACAAACAUUUUAUAAUGAGAAGCAUUAGUUGAAACUGAGUUGUGAUAACUUAAGUUUGUACCUGCUGUUGCUAAUGGUAUUCUAGUAACUUAGUAAGAAUUAAACAGAAAUUCAUAGUUGUGGUGAUCUUUUACAUGAAGAAAUUAAAACUAGUCAGGCAGAUUUUGUCAGUGUCAGGAUGUGUAGUAAUUACUGCAGGGUACUGAUGUUGUUAACUGCAAUUUACUAGUGGACUGCUAAAUUAUAGUGAAAUGUCUUUUGGUAUAAGAACUCUGCGAUGAUUAUGGAAAUAUGAAUCUCUUGAUUCAGUUUAAAUACUAGUCGUGUGUCCAAAAAUUUUACUUCCUAUUUUGCCUCUUUUUGUGUAAAAAUCAUUGUACAGGCAUAUUCAGUUUUAAUUCUAACUUAGUAUUUAUUGGUUAAUUUUGUUCCUGAAAGAGCUAAUUCUUAAUGUUAAAUUUGCUUUUGAAAUUCUGAUAUCGCCAUUGUUACAUGUACACAGUUUUUUAGAAUUAUCUUAAUUUGCAGAUGACUAGAAUUUCUUUACUUUAUUAAUUGUACUUAUAUGUAAUUCUAGUUCAACAUGUGAUAAAUUAUGUUUGAUAGCCAUUGUUCCUGAAGCAGUUGAUUAUUAAUGUUAAAAUCACAGUUUGAAAUUUCAGAGCCUUCCAUUGUAAUGCAUUUAUGUCAUAGUGUUGUGGGAUAUUUUCAUGAGUUGAAGGUGACUACUUGUUUCAGCAUAUGAAUUUCACUUAUGUAUCUGAUCUUUAACUGUUCUGAUGGUGUGAUUCUCUUCGAAUAUGUGAUAACUUGAUAGUCAUACUUCUUUUGAGAGUUCAGAUGUAUAUGUCUAUUGAGACAGUGGUUUAAAGGUACACUUAUGUGAAAGUAAACACAUUUAAAAUUUUUCUUUAUUCUUACACAUUUGAAACUUCAUAAAUACUUGUCAUGUUGCUAAAUGUUUGUACCUGUAUUGUGUAAUAAAGUUAUACAAUGUUUGUUAAU